AUGUUUUCAAAUGAAGACGAAAUUAGCAAUUAUUCAAUUUUCAGUAAAGAAUUAUGCAAGAUUAAAAAAGAAAAAUCGAUAUUAAAUUCAAUUUUCGAGCUUUACUAUAAGCUUUAUCAUUCAAAGCUAAUUGAAGAAAAAUCUCUUCUUAUCCAAAAGGUUGUAGAAUCAAUUGAAAGUGCAAUUUGGUGUAGCCAAAUUGCAAGUUUACUAUGAAUUCCUCAUCUUCCAAUUGCGAAUUGAGAUAAGAAUAUGGAAAUUUGAGAAAUCUUUGGGUAUUCAAGACUGGACAACAUUUGUUCAGAAAUGGACCUCUCAAUUGAUUUCCUUUACUUGUCAAUUUCAAUUACUUUUACACUUUUUUUAAGUAUCAUCGUUUUAGUUUUUAUUAUUUAUCGCUCCUUCAAUAUACCAAGAUUGGUUUUUGAUAUAUUUAAAUGAAUAUUCAAUCUAUGGAUAAUUAUUAUAUUUAUCCCAUCUACGGUAAUAUAUUCCAUAUUUUUGAAAAACAAUAUUUUUGAACAAAAAGUUAUAUCUGAAUACAAGAAUAAUAAUGAGUCUGAGAAAUUUGAAAUAAGCUUAGCUUGGCAAAUUUUGAUAAUUUUGGCAAUGAUUAUUAAUUUUUUGAUGAUUUCGUCUUAUGCAGAAUUUUCGGGAGAAAUAAGGCACUCUGUAAAUCAAAAAAACAUAAAAGCAAGAGCCCACUCUAAAAUUGAAAUGCAUAAAGCAAUUUUUACGUAUUUUUCAGCAAUAGUUUAUGUAUUAUUCGAUGAAGAUAGCAUGAUAUAUUUUCAAUUGAUUGAAAUGAUUGUUGCGAUAUUUAUUACUAUAGAAAUUAUUAUACUUUUACCAUAUUUUUCUUAUUAUUGCAAUUUGAUGCUAAUUCUUCAAUUUUUUACUGUUGCUUUUAUUUCUUUUGGAUUUAUUUUAGGACAUUGAAUAGAUAAUUCGCUUUUUAUUAUUUUAUUUACAAUUUUUGUGUGGCCUCCAUCUAUUCUGCAUGCUAUACACGUUUCUUGAAAAUACCAAAAAAAUUUAAAUUGGAAACUCCCUGUAGGUUUGAUAGGAAUAAAAUCUAAAUAUCAAUUAGAAAAAAUUUUAAGACAUUCAAUGUGUAUAAGCGACAGUGAGCAUAAAACUCAAAUAAUUUAUCUGUUUGAAAAGUUUUUUAUAGAAAAUAUCUUACUCAGAGAUAAGCUUCAGUCCAUUUGAAUUUCAAAUUACUGCCUCUAUACUUUAAAAGAUGAAAAUUUGGCAAAAAUUAAGUUAUGCAAAUCUAAAAAGAUUCCAGAAUGGAAUAUGGAAACAAAUUUUCAGGAAUACUUGUGCGAUAAAAAUAUCAAAAAUUCUCCACUCAGCGAAAGCUCGCAAUAUAUAGACUAUUUUCAACAAUUAAUUAUGAUUAAAAAGAAAGAUUUUAAGCUCUGCAUAAAAUUAUUGAAAUUCUAUGAAGAAAUAACAUCAUAUAAGCCUGAUCUUAAAAGGCUUUCUAAAAGCCUUGACUGGGUAGAUAAAAGAAUAAAAUUUCUUGAUAAUCAUUAUACUGAGUUAACAACACAAUAUUUUUAUUCUAAAGAAUUUUUAGACCUUUAUGCUUCAUUUUCGAAAGACAUUAUCUUUGACUUAGAAAAGUCUAAUUUCCUUGACUCCCCCCCAUCCUUGAUCGAACGACUCGCCAUCGUUCGAUCAAGGAUGGGGGUUAAAAAAAAAAAAUUUUUUGGGAAUAUAUAUUUUCUAUUUACUUUUAAGAGUAUUUAAUAAUUAUUUUUACAGCAAAAAAUUGAAUUAAUUUCAUAAAAUACCAAUUUUUAAUAUUUUGAUUAAUUAGUUACCCCUUUAAAACUGUAUAAAUUUUAAUUUGUUCCUUAUUGAAAUAAAUUUUGUUUUUUUUAAAUUUUAAAGAAUCUCUAUUUUUUAGAUUAUUGAGUUUUUAAGCCUAGGUUGAUGGCUAAAUCACUUCGGAUGGUUGAUUUUGCAACUUUCUGUCGUCUCAAAGCUCUGAAAAUAACUUCAUUAGGUACAUCUUCCCAAGCUUUUGAUAACUAAUAUAUUUUUUAUAUAUAUAAAGAUUUGCAUGAUAUGAAAAUCGUUCGAUCAAGGAUGGGGGGGAGUGAGAGUAAAUUAAAAUCAGCCGACCUCAAUAUGUUAGGCUCGUAUUCAAAGAUCUUGAGCAGUUUUAACGAAACUAAUGGCAUAUUUAUAAUAUCAGCUGAAGAGGAUAGCUUUGGGACCAUUCUUUUCUCAAACUCUGUAGCCAAAAGUAUUACGCAAUCUCUGGUAACUAUUGAUGGGUGUAAUAUAAUGGAUAUUAUUCCUUCUUACUAUCGUGAAAAAAUGAAAGAAGAACUUAAUAAUAUUUUGCAUUACAGCUCAACUGAAGAAAUUGAUUUACGUGAAGGAUUAUUUUUAAAUUUUCACUCAAAUUUUAUAGUAGAGUGCAUUGGAAAAGUAUGCAUAACUUCAAUUGAUAAUUUUUUUAUUUUUAUGUUGAUUUUCAAACAAAAGGAAACAAAAAAUGAGAUAGCAUUAAUUUCUGAAAAUGGAGAAAUUUGUGGGUAUACCAAAAAUUUUCCGAAGGCAGUCAAAAUAAGCUCUGAAAUUUUAGCAGGAUUUAAUAUUAAAAAGCUAUUUUCAGAAGAAAAAGAGUUUGACUUGCAAUGGUCUGUCCCUUAUUAUUUGCAAAAUUGUGAAACUGAGACAAUAUUAAUUUUUUCUUGACAUCAUUUUUAUAAAUUGAAAGUAUUUUAUGUUUUAUUAAUGAAUGAUUAUGAAGAAAUUCAAAAAUGAAAAAACAAUAGCUAUAAUAAUAUUCAAGAAGAAAAUUUUGCUCUUAGCAGGCAGCUUUCCUUAAAGCUUCCUAUGCUAGAAGAAAACAAUUUAUUUAUAAGGAAAAAAUUUUACGAUUUAGAUCUCGUGGAUACUGAUAUAAAUUUAAGUCCAACUAAUAUUAAUAAUACUACAGACGCUGAUUGCAAUUUAUUAGAAAACAAAGACGAAAACAAAUAUCAGGUAUCAGAAAAACCGCAAUUAAAAAACUUAUUACAGAAAGCCUUAAUGUCAGCUAAAUCAAUCAAUAUUUUGCAUGCUGCUUUUAUUAUUUCAGUAUUUUUAAUAUAGAUUAUUGCUGUUUUAAGCGCAAAUAUUUCAGUCUUAUUUUUUGCAAUUUCUAACAUUAAUUUUAUCCGAAAUAUGGAUCUUCCUAUUGUUAUUGGAAAAAUAGAAAAAGGAAUGCAAAAUAUUGCUGCUUCAGCACAAAUACUCUGAGUUUUUGGCAGUAAUACAGAUGAUCUAUCUAAAAUGUUUUUAUACCAAGCCACAACUUUUAUGCAGGUUUUUCUAUCCCGUCUAAAAAGUGUUUAUUCAGAUGUUACUUCUGAUAUUAAAAAGUGAGAUUAUUGCUCAGGAAGACAGAUUUUUUUUGAUGAAAGUAUAUAUCUAUGGAAUUCAGAUUUCAGUAGAAAUGUCAAUUUAUUUGAGAUGAUGUUAAGAUUCAAUCAGCUUGUAAAAAAUAUUUAG